AUGGCAGGGAGGCGGCGGAGUGAGCACCCUAAGUUGCCCCCGGCCUGGCAGCUCUAUCUCAAGGGCCGCCGCAUCUCUACGUUCAAGAACUGGCCUUUCUUAGAAGGCUGCUCCUGGACCCCGGAGCGGAUGGCCAAGGCUGGCUUCAUCCACUGCCCCGCAGAGAAUGAGCCCGACCUGGCCCAGUGCUUCUUCUGCUCCAAGGAGCUGGAAGGUUGGGAGCCGCCGAUGACCCCAUUGAGGAACAUAAAAAAGCAUUCGUCUGGCUGCGCCUUCCUUUCGGUCAGGAAGCAGUUUGAAGAGUUGACCCUGAGUGAAUUCUUGAAAUUGGACAAAGAGUGAGCCAAGAACAAAAUUGUGAAGGAGACCAGCAACAAGCAGAAGGAUUUUGAAGAAAGUGCCAAGAAGCAGCUGGCCGCCCUGGAGUGA